AGGGGAGCGAUAGCGGGGCGAGAAGCAGAAUCAAAACAAGCAAGGCACGCCUUUUCCCGUCCCUGCGCUCCUUCUCCGGCCUGGCGGCUGUGGUGUGCAUACGACGGGGUGGGAGGGGGACGGAGAGCCAGAGCCGAGCGUGCUCCUCCGCUGCCGCCGCCUGACAAUGGAGCUGCACUGAGCUGCGCUUGGUGGCGGGGGGAGCAGCUGCGGGGAAAGCAGCAAGAGCCGCCGCCGCCGCCGCCUCCGUCAGCUUCCUGCUGCGACCCGCUCCUCCUCCUCCUCCCUCGGCGAUGCCGAACCAGAAGAGCAACAAGGGCAAGAAGAACAAGCGUGCUAACAGCAGCGGGGACGAGCAAGAAAAUGGAGCCGUGGCCGUGGCAGGGGCAGUCGGCGCCGUUGGAGCCCUGGCCGCGGUGGCAGCUGCGGGAGGAAGUGGGCCGGCGGCGACCGCAGGAGGGGCGGGAAGCUCCGGGGGAGCGGCGGCCGCGACAGGGUCGGCUUCAGCCGAUGCGAAGAACGAAGCGCCUUGCGCUACCCCGCUGAUAUGUAGUUUCGGACGGCCCGUUGACCUAGAAAAAGAUGACUAUCAGAAAGUGGUAUGCAACAAUGAACAUUGUCCCUACAGCACUUGGAUGCACCUUCAGUGUUUUUAUGAGUGGGAAAGCAGCAUUUUGGCCCAGUUUAACUGCAUUGGGAGAGCAAGAAGUUGGAAUGAGAAACAGUGUAGACAGAACAUGUGGACGAAGAAGGGAUAUGAUCUUGCCUUUCGUUUUUGCUCCUGCCGGUGUGGGCAGGGUCAUUUAAAGAAAGACACUGAUUGGUAUCAAGUAAAACGAAUGCAAGAUGAGAAGAAGAAAAAGUCUGUGUCUGAGAAAAGCAUGGGAAGAUCAGCAUUGGAGUCCUCAGAAGAUGUUAAAAAGUGCAGGCCUGCAAAUAAGCCACAGAAAAGUUUAAACCAUGAUAUCCAGCGACGGCAUUCAAUGGAUAGACAAAACUCUCAAGAGAAAGGCAUCUCUAGUGGCAGCUAUGCAGUCCGUUCUCCCUGUGGUUCUCCUGGCCAGUCACCUCCAGCUGGCUACUCUGUUCUUGCUCCCACACAUUUCAGUGGGCCCCGUUCUUCACGAUAUUUAGGAGAAUUUUUGAAGAAUGCUAUUCACCUAGAACCCCACAGAAAGAACAUAGCUAAUAGUGGCAUGUUUAGAAAUGCUCAUUUUGAUUAUGGGGCAACUGGGCUACAAGCACAUAGAUCAGGACAUUUUGAUGCCCCUGUACAGUUUUUGAGGAGGCUUGAUCUCUCUGAACUUCUUGCUCAUAUACCACGGCAUAAACUGAACACUUUCCAUGUUCGAAUGGAAGAUGAUGCCCAAGUGGGUCAAGGUGAAGAUCUGCGGAAAUUCAUCCUUGCAGCACUCAGUGCCAGUCAUCGAAAUGUUGUCAACUGUGCAUUAUGCCACAGGGCACUGCCAGUAUUUGAACAGUUUCCAUUGGUGGAUGGAACCCUGUUUCUUAGCCCAUCACGACAUGAUGAAAUUGAAUACGAUGUUCCCUGUCACCUUCAAGGAAGGCUUAUGCACCUCUAUGCAGUUUGUGUAGACUGUUUAGAAGGGGUUCACAAAAUUAUCUGCAUAAAGUGCAAGUCUCGGUGGGAUGGAAGCUGGCAUCAACUAGGCACCAUGUACACUUAUGAUAUAUUAGCAGCUUCUCCCUGUUGCCAGGCACGACUGAACUGUAAACACUGUGGGAAACCUGUUAUAGAUGUACGUAUUGGGAUGCAGUAUUUCUCAGAAUACAGCAACGUUCAACAGUGUCCACACUGUGGAAACUUGGACUACCAUUUUGUGAAGCCAUUCUCUUCAUUUAAAGUUUUGGAGGCUUAUUGACAAAAGCUUUGCCAUAGUAAUAGCUAUUUUAUGAAUAUCGUUUCUUUCUUUUACAUAUCUUUUAUAAGAUCUGUUCUGUGAUGGGAGGGAGGGGAAAAAUCUAAUUUCUAACUGAAAGGAAGUGCAGCAGCUUUGUGUGUUUGUGUACAUGUGGUCCUAUGUAGAUGUGUGUCAUUAAGACCACAGCCCUCUUGCUACAGUGUCAGUGGUGGGGGUUGAGACAGCUAAUAUUUGUCCCAAAUAGUAUCUGUUGAAACAGAAAAUGUGGAGAUAGGAGAAACCUUCAUCCAUGGCUCAGCAUAGUUGGAUGGAAUCUCUUGCAGUUGCCUGUCUAGGCAGAUGGUAUCUCAGUGUAAUGUGGUGAUGAGCUCCCUGCUGAAGAGCAUUCAUCCUUAUGUUUGCCCUUGAUCUGCACACACUCAAGUUGAUUAGUAUAACAUGGGGAGAUGAACUGUUGGCAAGCUGGCAUAAUCUCUCCAGCUGGUCUCACAGUUCAUGUUGAAGGCUUCUCCAUGUAUUCAGGUUUGCAGUGGUUGGAUAAGGUAAGUGAUCAGACUGGGUGAUUGUGGCUCUGGCAGUUCUCUGGGAUUGCUGCUUUUCAGUGAGCCUCUGUUUGGCUUCUCUUGUAUGAUAAACCCCAAGUUCUUGUUCCCCAGGCAAUUUUCCAUUGCCAUCACUUGGGAGCAAAGUCAGGUCUUAAUAGCAUAAGUAGUAUUAGCACAUAUACUUUGAGAUUUUGUCUGUUAAGGUAAACCUAACCAUUAUGACAAAUGAAUGUAAUGCUAUGUUGGAAAAUGCACUGUUUUUCCCGCCCCCCUAAAAAAAACUUAUUUUUGCAUUGCGUCUUCCUGAAAUAUAUAUUUGAUAAUAAGAGCUACCCUCACUGACAGAUCAUAUUGUUUCCACUAAUAUUGUAAUCCUAGCAGGGAAGUUGCUUCUACCAAAACAAGCUUGAGAACUUAACAACUAUAUUAUUUCAGCUGCUUUGUAGGUGUGUUGAUGCUCAGAAGGACUAUGUAGUUCAUUUUAGACCUGCUGAUGAAGGAUGCCUGAAUUGGAGCAUCUUGACUGCAUCUUUUUGUAUUUGGGGUGACUCUUAUGCCAGAGUUGCAGUAAGCAGUGAGCAAAGCAAAUGGAUUAUGUUUCAAGUGGCUCCUUGGGGUGAAUAUAUUUCCUUAUGGUUUGGAAUGCCACUGUAUCACUUGCAAAAUGGGGAGACAAUUCCUUUACAAUGUGUGUGUUAAAAAUAAAAACUAUAGCUGGCGGUUUCAUCAUGGAGUCAACCUGGGAUGUGUCAUUUUUUCAAGAACAAGGGAAAAUUUCUCAAAGCUUGCUGAUUCAAAGAAACCCUGUGAGUGUGUGUAUGUAUGUGUACUUAUUCAUAAAUAGGCCUGAUGGAUUCAGUGCUAAUGCCUUAGAAUGACAGAUUAAAGGGAUGUAGUGGGAUCCAUGGGCCUGUUUACAUUUAUGGAAGAUUUGUCCUAAUCCACUGGAUUUGUAAAAAAAAACUUUUAACAAGAUACUGCAACCUGAUUUUGAAAUGUUCCCUGGGUUUCGAAAUUAGUUUGCUGUACAGCUUGAUGGGUAUGAGGAAGGCUGCAGUUUGGAGCAGAUGGGUCAGAAUUCCUCUUGGGCUCAUGAAACUACUUAUGCAUAGAGUGGUGGUGGAUUUAGGUAAUCUCAAGAAGGUUGUGGGGUUAUUUUAAAACGGUUGGCUUUACCUUUCCUGUUCCUGUUUUGAAAUGACCCUUUUUACUUUAGUUAUAAACUAUCAAAUUUGACGUUGGAUUGGUAGAUUAAAAACAAUUGAACAGAUUGAUUUUUUUGUUCCCAAGAAAUGUUUGGUUGUUACUUCUCUGAUAUACUUUCCUUAUCACUGUUUACUUGGAGGAAAUUAAGAUAAAAGUAGGACACACAUCAUACUACCUUGGUUGUCCUAAGUAUAAUCCAGCACAGAUCUCUUGGCUUUAGAAAAUGAGAGACUGGCAAUUUGGCUUGGCUGUGGCCAUUAAAAUGAAUCUCUGUAGGGAAUAAUUAAAAUUAUUUUCUGUAGACUAGAGUAAGGGACUGGCCAGAAUCCAAUGUACAUGCACUUAAGCCCUGUUGAAAUGAUUGGGUUUAAUUGCUCGAAGCUCUGCUCGAUCCUGCCCACUGUGUAGCUUAGCCAAACAUCAUUUGCUAAAAGGAGAAUCCUCUCAUUGUACUUAUUGCAAGUAAGAAUUUUAAAAUCAGUUGCACAUUCUCAAAAAGAAUGAAUAAAACACAAUAAAGCAAAACUCAUACUGCACUUAUGCUUAAUGUUACGGGCCAUCCUUGCAAGAUUUUUAACCGUUUACUAAGCUUAUAAAGCACCAUGUGUUUGCAAUAAAAAUACAGCUACUUAGAAUUUUAUCUUCUAAAUUUCUAAAAUACUUCUUAAAAAUUGUUCAACUGAACUAAAUAUUUACGUAAAAGCAUUUUUAGGUUCCAUUUAUCUUCUAAUUUGCAUACUGCACACAAUUAGGCAUUCUGCAUGAAUUUUAAAUCAUGUAACACUGACAUAUUUACACAGAAGGAGAGAAGUGCUGGGAAGUUCUAGAUUUAUACCUUUCACUGCUUCUCAUCUGGCAGUUCCUUCUGAGUUUGCAUCUCUUUUAUUAAUAUGCUCCUCUUAAGUGCUUGGGUGUUUGAACAUUGGUGUAAGUUAACAAAUAUUCAUGGUGCAUGCUUAACCCCAUGCACUUCAAAUGCUCUCUCCCUGCCCUGCUGUUAGUACAUUCAAGGUUCUGGUGAGCAGCCAUCUUCCUGGGAAUGCCAGUUGAGAAUGGGAUAGAAGAUAGUGGCCAGACUUCCCCCUCACACCUCGGGUUCUGUUGUUGUAGCCGUGUUUCCAUGUUUCGGGAUUUGUCUGAAGGGACUCUAGAAGCUAAGCCUUCCUUUAAAGUAAUUCAGGUUUAACAGUGCAAUCCUAAACAGAGUUACACCAUUCUAGGUCCAUAGAAUGGCACUGUAAAUCAAGGUAGUAGAACUGCAUGUCGCUUUUAAAGCUGCAAAUGUUGCUGGUGGUGAGGGAGAUUCAGGCCCAGGUUGAGAAUGUUUGUGUUUAUUUUGUCUGUUUUAAAAUUCAUAUAUGGGUAUAGCCUAAAAUUCAAAGAUUGACAGGCUUGAAGAAAGUAAAGAGGAACUAUUCAUGAGGAUCACUAUAUGUGCCCUGGAGCUGGCACAUUAUAGACUGUGCAUUGGGGUGCUUAUAUGACAGCUGACAUAUUUCUGUAUAGUUGUGUUUGUGUGUCUGCACAUAAAGAAUAUUGGCAGAAUGAUGUUCAGUGACUCUUAAAAGAUACAUUAUAAAAAGAUGGAAGGUUAGAUACCUUACCAAGGGUAUUAUACAACAAGAGAUAUUACAUUUUUCUGGGGGGGGGGGGAAGUGUAUAGGGGCUUUGUCUACAACAGAUAUGGAAAUAACAUUGCACCUAAAGUGUUCCAUUAUUUUCUAAGAAAAUGUAUAUGCAGUUACUUCAAUCCAUUUCUUCAUUAUAUUGUUUUUUAAACAUAUGUAACAUUCUAAUGUGUUAGAAUCAUCAAGAUACAUUUUUUUUCGCUUUGAAAUCAGCUGAGCUGUAAAACAUAAAUGGGUCUCCAAAGAAAAUUGCCCUUGAUCUGUACUUGUUUGAAUUCAACUGGCUUUCAGUAUAUUGCUUAACGUAAUACUUCAGGCAGGGAUGGCCAGCUAGUAGCCUAUAAUUGCAUCCAAACAGCAUCUGGCCUGUGUUGCUUCUUGUCUUUUUUUAGCAUAUCAUUUCCUGAUGGAGGAGAGACCUGCCCGGUAAGGAGCCUCUCCUUUAGAUGCUGCUUUUGGCCUGAGCAGUGCUGCUUCCUGAGCAUUUUUGUGCAGGAAUCAAUGCCACUAAUGGCGCACAAUAGAGUUCUAUACUGCAUUUUACCUAGCAAGACUUCUUCUAGUGGGAAGUGGUCAUCCUGUAGCUCUCCUAGGAUUCAGAGGCCUCUGGACUGAUCUUUUCCAGGUGUGAGUGGAAUAGUUAUAUGCCAGUUCUUUAGUCAGGAGGGCUGAUCUCAUUCUAGCCAAGCCACUUUGGAAUGGAUGUCGUUCAUAGGGAAGAUCCAAAGCAUCAUAAUAUGAGCGCUGCUGGUGCCUGAGCUGGAGCUCUGUUCCUGAAUCUUUCUGCUCUCCCAUUUAUUCAUUUUAGUAUGUAGUAAAAAAAAAGUUUCAAAUUCUCUUACGUACCAUUUUCUCCAGUCACUAUGAUGCUUUUAUUUACUGAGACAUUUGCAUAGAAACAUUGAAAGAUACAUCAAAAGGACAACAGAAAAAUGAACUUUUGGCACAUAUACCUUCUAAUAAAAUGGAAUGGAUCUUUAUCCUGUCUGUCUACUAAAAAGUAUAUUUAAAAUGUAGGUAAAUUUACAAUGCAGUUCCUUCUGAGAAAAAAGGGGAGGGGGGGAAGUUAGUAAGCAGUUUAAACUAUGAGCACUGGGGAACCCAAAGCAGUGGAGCACAGGCAACUUAGUGUCUUCUAGGAUUGCAGUUUGUUGCCACAAUCCAAUAUAGAGUUGACCAUUCUUAAAACUUGAAGAACCUAAGUGCUCGCUUGGGGCAUUGGUCUAUUGAUAACUAACAUCUAAAUAUGUUGGCUUUUGAGAUAGUAAGGUUUGAGGCAACAUGUGAUUCUGUCAGUGUGUUCUGUUUAUAGGAAGAUAUGUACUACGUUUAUUUUCAUUUAUCUUUUUUAUUGUACGAGGUAUUCAAGGGCAAAGGGUUGUGAGGUUAUUUUUGAAGCCUGCCCUACCACGUUUGUCAGAAAAAGCCUUUUAUUAAAUAAAACGUAAAAAAAGGUUUGGAUUGCACUUUUGCAGAGGAUAGAAUAUGUACAUAGCAAAUGAAUGUUGAUGAAAUUUAAAAUAAUUGGUUAUGAUGCCAUUUUUGUGUGGUGGUAAGUUCUUUGGUUGUGAUUUAUCUGUAUUAAAAUAAUUGAGAUCA